AUGGGACUUCAAUCGCAAAAGCACGAAAAAGGGAUCUCCGCCGAGAAAGAAAGCAAGUUGAAGCAGAGGAGCAGCAACACUAAAUGCAAAUUUGUUGGGGUGAGACAAAGGCCGUCAGGGAAAUGGGUGGCAGAGAUCAAGGACACAACAAAGAAGAUUAGAAUGUGGCUUGGAACGUUUGAAACUGCUGAGGAAGCUGCUCGAGCUUAUGAUGAAGCUGCAUGCCUUCUUCGUGGUUCGAAUACCAGAACCAACUUCACCAGUAGUCAUGUUGCUUCCAAUUCUCCACUCUCUUUGAAAAUCAAGAACCUCCUCAACCACAAAAAAAGCUUGACACAACAAAGCCCUUCAACCUCCAACACAAUGAAAACCACCCCUAAAGCUAGUACUAGAGUUAGUUGUACUAUCACUGAUAACAAUAUUAUUCAUAGUUCUGGUUACUAUAAUGGUCAUUGCAGCUCUCAGCUUAGUUUCAAAACCCACAACAUUGAGGUGUCUGGUGAUGCAUAUAGACCAGACCUCAGCAACUGCAUUGGGAAUAAUGUUCAAGUACCGGCUAUGUUGCACCUGGAUCAACCAUGGCAAUUCUUAAGUGGGUUUGAUCAGCUUCCAAAUAACCAUGAAGGGUUGGAUUCAACGAAAGGCAUUGCCACUGGAGUGUCGCAUAGUGCUGCAGAGCCAAAUCAGCUGACAGAAUUCGAACACGCAAAGGUAGAAAGGCAGAUGACUUCAGCUUCAUUUUAUGCAAUGAACGAAGUCAACGAGUACUUGGAGAAUACAUAUGAUGAUGCUCUGUGGGAUCUUCCUACUCUGUCUCAGUUGUUCUGCCUUAGCUGA